UACAUGUGAUACCAACAAAAAUGAGGCUGAGAACGCGGAAAGCUUCUCAGCAGUCAAAUCAGAACUACACGCAGCGUGCACUGAGGGUGAAGAGGAAAUACUCCGAGGUCGAAGAAAGCUUACCUGUUGGAGGAGGGAAACCGCAGAAGAAUGAAACUGGCUUAUUGUCUUCAAUCAAAAAGUUCAUUAAAGGGAGCACCCCCAAGGAUGAAAGAGAGCAUCCAGCUAAGAGAAGUCGCAUUGAGCGUGAUAUAGAUGACAACCUGAUUAGUUCUACUCCUCGAACAGGAGAGAAACCUAACAAACAGAUCUCUCGAGUGAGGCGGAAAAGUCAAGUGAAUGGAGAAGCUGGAAAUUAUGAAAUGACAAACCAGCACGUUCGGCAAAAUGGAAAAUUGGAAGAUAAUCCCACCACCGGCAGCCCCCCACGAACUACGUUACUGGGCACCAUAUUUUCUCCUGUCUUCAAUUUUUUCUCACCAGCAAAUAAAAAUGGAACGGCUGGCUCGGACUCUCCUGGGCAGGCUGUGGAAGCGGAAGAAAUAGUGAAGCAGCUGGAUAUGGAACAGGUCGACGAGAUCAUCACCAGCACUGCCGCCUCGGCCAACGGAGCAUCUUAUGCCAGCCAAGCGGUACAGGUCCGGUCAGCGAUCAACAACGGCUUGGAGGAGGUGGAGGAUGUGCCUGAUCGUGACCUGCCCCCUCUCACGGCACCGGUCUCUCCGGACAGUGGUUAUUCGUCAGCUCACGCUGAAGCCACCUAUGAAGAAGACUGGGAAGUCUUCGAUCCCUACUAUUUCAUCAAGCACGUCCCACCGCUAACGGAAGAACAACUUAAUCGGAAGCCUGCUCUUCCACUGAAAACCAGAAGCACACCAGAGUUCUCCUUAGUUCUAGACUUGGAUGAAACAUUAGUCCAUUGUAGUCUAAAUGAACUCGAAGAUGCUGCACUUACCUUUCCAGUCCUUUUCCAAGAUGUCAUUUACCAGGUUUACGUGCGGUUAAGACCAUUCUUCAGAGAAUUCUUGGAGCGGAUGUCACAGAUCUAUGAGAUCAUUCUUUUUACUGCUUCUAAGAAGGUGUAUGCAGACAAGUUAUUGAACAUACUAGACCCUAAAAAGCAACUGGUCAGGCAUCGACUUUUCCGUGAGCAUUGCGUUUGUGUCCAGGGGAACUACAUAAAGGAUCUGAACAUCCUUGGUAGAGAUCUCUCGAAAACUAUCAUUAUUGACAAUUCACCACAAGCCUUUGCCUAUCAGCUUUCAAAUGGGAUUCCUAUAGAGAGCUGGUUCAUGGAUAAAAAUGAUAAUGAACUCCUAAAAUUGAUUCCUUUUCUGGAGAAACUUGUAGAGCUGAAUGAAGAUGUUCGACCUCACAUCAGAGACAGAUUUCGUCUGCAUGACUUACUGCCCCCUGACUAAACCCCAUGCCUUCGUCAGACGACCGAAGGGGGAAAAAUGCAGGAAACUCUUUUUUUUUCCCUUUUGGACUGAAACAAAAAAACAUUGCCAUUACUGUUGAAAGUUUUGCAUUUUUGUACCCUGUCUCGCUUUUCUUAUCUCUGACGCCCAACAGUAAUCAAGGGUCACAGAAGGACUUUAUAUAUAUCGCCAGUGGAAUACAGCUUAGUGCCGUGCAGCAGGUGGGCCACAGCAGAAAAGGCUCUUUAGAACUAGGGCAGCUCCAGUUUUCUUUUCUUUUUUUAAUGUACAGGACAUCUGCCAUUUUUAAAGAAUUCUGUUUCUGCCACCAGCAGUUUGACCUGUAAAAACGCAGGAUUUUAUGAAUAACAGAGAUUGAAAAUGGACUCUUGUUUUCUCUCUGUUUGGUGCUCUCUUAAGUGGGUUUUGUAGCCACUUUUGUGUUGUUAACUUUUCAGAUCCUCAUUUCAACAGGAAUGGCCAGUAAACGUUGGGUUGGGGUUUUUUUCCCCCCUGUUAAGGUUUAUAACCUUUUUACAUUUUUGACCUGUAUUAGAUUUUAGAAAUUCAUUAUGCAUUCCUUUUAGUUGAGGCGGCUUCAUAGUCCCCAUGCUGCCCUCCC